AUGGAGGGUCUCAUUCCUUUGGUGUAUAAAGCAAUAAAGAAGAGCAGAACCCGCAGGCAAUACGAGUGUCUCUCUUCUAAUGCUUCUCUUGGUUACAAUCCAGCAGAUUUUUUUAUUAAUAAAGCAGAGUUAAACCUGAACACUGCUUCUGCUUCAACAGAGAAAGGAAAUAAUGCAGGGAGAAAACUCCACAGGCGAUUCACUUCUGUCGAAGAUUUAUCGGUUACUGCUGCUUCUCCUCCUCGGAAGCAGCUUCUGAGGUUCAGAAGCCAUAGAAUGUUUUCUUGUGUUACAGGUCAAAUUGCUGGCUGUGGUUUUGAUCAGGAUUUCAGAAGGGAUACUGCAAACCAGUUUGGCAAACCUUAA